UGUGUGUUUCCAGACAGAUGCUGCCCUGAUGUAUGACGCGGUACAUGUGGUGGCCGUGGCCGUCCAACAGUCUCCUCAAAUCACUGUCAGCUCGCUCCAGUGUAAUCGCCACAAGCCCUGGCGCUUCGGAAACCGCUUCAUGACGCUCAUCAAAGAGGCCCACUGGGACGGUUUAACCGGACGGAUAAAUUUCAACAGGACCAAUGGCCUGAGGACAGAUUUCGAUCUGGAUGUGAUCAGCCUGAAGGAAGAGGGGCUAGAGAAGAUUGGGACAUGGGAUCCUGUGAGUGGCUUGAACAUGACGGAAAACCAGAAGGGAAAGGCAGCCAAUGUGUCGGAUUCUCUCUCCAACAGAUCACUGGUGGUGUCUACUAUACUGGAAGAGCCUUACGUGAUGUUCAAGAAGUCAGAUAAGCCACUAUACGGUAACGAUCGCUUCGAGGGCUACUGCAUCGACCUGCUGCGUGAGCUGGCUGCCAUCCUGGGCUUCACCUACGAAGUGCGACUGGUGGAGGAUGGCAAGUACGGAGCGCAGGAAGAGAGCACAGGCCAGUGGAACGGCAUGGUCCGAGAACUGAUGGACCAUAAAGCUGAUCUUGCAGUGGCGCCCCUGGCCAUCACGUACGUGCGGGAGAAGGUCAUCGACUUCUCCAAACCCUUCAUGACGCUGGGGAUAAGUAUACUGUACCGCAAACCCAACGGCACCAACCCGGGGGUGUUCUCCUUUCUCAACCCCCUGUCCCCCGACAUCUGGAUGUAUAUUCUGCUCGCUUACUUGGGUGUCAGUUGUGUGCUGUUUGUCAUAGCCAGGUUUAGCCCCUACGAAUGGUAUAACCCCCACCCGUGCAACCCCGACUCGGACGUGGUGGAAAACAAUUUCACCCUGCUAAAUAGUUUCUGGUUCGGAGUUGGAGCUCUCAUGCAGCAAGGAUCUGAGCUCAUGCCCAAAGCCCUUUCUACCAGGAUAGUAGGAGGCAUCUGGUGGUUUUUAACCCUAAUCAUCAUCUCCUCCUACACGGCUAACCUAGCCGCCUUUCUUACCGUGGAGAGAAUGGAAUCUCCAAUUGACUCGGCCGAUGACCUGGCCAAGCAGACCAAGAUAGAGUAUGGAGUGGUGGAGGAUGGCGCUACAAUGACCUUCUUUAAGAAAACCAAGAUCUCCACGUAUGAUAAGAUGUGGGAGUUCAUGAGCAGUCGAAGACAUUCGGUGAUGGUGAAGAGCAUCGAGGAAGGAAUUGAACGGGUGCUCACCUCUGAUUACGCUUUCCUUAUGGAGUCCACCACCAUCGAAUUCGUCACUCAGCGCAACUGCAACCUCACGCAGAUCGGAGGCCUCAUAGACUCCAAGGCCUACGGGGUCGGCACUCCAAUGGGGUCCCCGUACCGAGAUAAGAUCACCAUCGCGAUCCUGCAGCUACAGGAGGAAGGGAAGCUGCACAUGAUGAAGGAGAAGUGGUGGAGAGGAAACGGCUGUCCUGAGGAGGAGAAUAAAGAGGCCAGCGCGUUGGGCGUCCAGAACAUCGGUGGCAUUUUCAUAGUGUUGGCUGCGGGACUCGUCCUCUCCGUGUUUGUGGCAGUCGGGGAGUUUCUCUAUAAGUCCAAACAAAACGCACAGCUGGAAAAGAGAUCCUUCUGCAGCGCCAUGGUGGACGAGCUACGGGUUUCCCUCAAGUGCCAGCGCCGGCUAAAACACAAGCCGCAGCCGCCCGUCAUGGUCAAAACGGAUGAAGUCAUCAACAUGCACACCUUCAAUGACCGAAGACUGCCAGGGAAAGAGACCAUGGCUUAAAAGGGACACCAGCUCGCUCUUUCUUGAGCUCGGAGGAGGGGAGAAAUUUGGGUUGGGAGGAAGUCGGUUUUCUACACGGGGGAAGGGAUCUUAAAUGUCAUUUCAAACAAUUAGUUACUGAAACCAACAGAAGAAACUGAAACAUAUUUCCUGUGGAAAUAACUUGAAUCUGGGCAAAAUUUUAGUUACCUCAUCGCUCCAGAUCACCACCAGAGCAAAGACUGACCGGUGCCAGCGUUCAGGGUAACUUUUAGCAGGAAAUACACACACACACACACACACACAGCUAGAGGGAGGUUUGUCCGCUCAUUACAUUCGUAUUAUUUUGGGUUUGAUGACACACUUGGCUGUUGUCCGUCCACGGAGAGCAGCCGAGUCCUUUAGAGAGAACGAGGAGAUGCGUCCUGACAGAUACGGACAGGUUUUUAACACGUACGGUACCUGUGCUACUUUUAGGAGCAAAAUGUACAAAAAAAUAAAUAAAUAAAAAAGUACUCGGAAACAAUCAGUUCGCAGCACUCUUUGCUGAGCGGCCACAGCAAUAUCACCGAAAUCGUUCAGCGUGUUUCUCACCCACACUCACAAGCAAUGGAAGCAGGACAGAGCAACAGGCAAUAUACCACUUUCAUUUUCCGGGCCCCUGCUGAGCGUUGCUAUGACUAAGGGUGAAUCUCACAAAAGCGUGUUAUGGAAUCCGUUUCAUUUUAUUUUCUUCAGGACCAUUGCAUUUUUUGUGUUCAUUUUGAGCUUAUUUAACGCAUUGCCCAACUGAAUAUUUUCUGUCCGAAUUUGCUUUACACUACAAAAAUAAAAAAAAAUAAACAAAAAAAAAAUAUAUAAUUCUUUUUUUAGUUAAAGUGAAAAUAUCGAAACAUUUUUUAAAAAAGAUACUUUUAUUGGAGAAGCUAAAUUUCAUAAGAUUAGGUUUAAAUUGUCUGUGUUUUUUUUUUUUUUUUUAUUAUUAUUGGUUUUGUUGUUUUGAAUGUGAACCUCUCAGCUUUUAAAUUUAGUAGCGUAAUGCAUCUGCAUUUUUUUUUUACACGUAUUAGUGAUUCUCAUUAGAGUAUGUCAUAUUCUAGAGAAUAUACAGAAUCUAUACAUCAGUAAGCGUAAAUUAAACGGUACAACAAAUUAUAAAAACAAAAAAGUAUUUUUAUAUAUUACAGUAGUGAUUUUUAUUCACUGUAAUUUUUUUUUUUCCAGCAAAGAGAGGUAAAUGUGUUUUGAACUGUCAUGACAAUAAUACCACAAAAAAAAUGAAUAAAAAUGGUCCUAAAAUAUUCUUCUUUUCAUUUAUGCUAUCAGAUAUAUUGAUAAUAAUUUCUUUUAUUUCCAUUUGAGCUGAAAUAUUACCUGCUAAUAAAAUCUGAACACAUUUCAUGAGAUUCAUCCGGAAACCUCUCCAAAAAUUGGAUGAGUGAACUCCAACUACCGCGAUGCAUUUAUUCGAACAUUUAUCAAAUGUUUCUUUUUUUUUUUUUAGCUUUUUUUCUUUCUAUGACGGUCACAGCGACUUUGAACACGCAUAGCUGAAAUUUAAUAUUUAAUGUUUUCUUCUUUUUUUUAUUUUUUUUAUAACCGCAUUUCAUUUCAGGUUAAUGUUUGUACUUUGUGAAUUUGAUUUCAGAAAAAGAAUCCUCAUGUAAACUUGUGCAAAUGUAAGAUUUCUAUAUAAAAAAAUAAUAAUAAUAAUAAUAAGGUGUUUUGUACAAUUAAAGAAUAUCGACAUUUUGUAAUGAUUUUUAUCAACACAAUCAUUGGCAUCUCUCUCUUGAUACGGGGGGUGGCUGUCCUGUGGAAUCCCCACGCCAGAGUCUAAGGUCGCGAUGUGCCCCUGGGACUGAUGCGCUUCCGCAUGGAUGAGCCCCGUGUGACGGAAAACACAUUCAGGAUCACAUCACCUGGCCUCCAUGAGGAUGAGUUCGGUUCGCGAUAAGCGCACGCAGGACGGGGGGAAGUGCCGAGCAUGCCUGGUAGUGUUUAUGUGACAAACACAAACAUUUUGGACAGAUCCUAUUUUUAUCAUGUAAAGGAAAUCAUAUUUAAAGAAAGAUAUUUUUACUUGAGAUAACUAGAAAUGACGAAAAUGAUUCAGAAGUGUGAUAUAUACAUAUAUAUAUAUAUAUAUACAAAGUGAAGAGGACUGCUAAUACGCUUCAUAUUCAAUGCCCCCGGUUUCUAAUAGACUGCUAGUACUCAGUGCCGAGACGUUGUGUGUAAAUGGUUUCAAAUGGAUAAGAUGUAUUUAAAGAUUUUUCAGAUACAAACUAAUUUUGACCAUAUUGUGAAAACAAAAUGAAGUGCACACAGUUUCCUGUCUGAAGUUGAUGCACAAGUUUAAAGGACGUAAUUAAAAAGAAAAAGUUAGCACA